AAACACUGGACUUAACGAUACCAAUGAUGCAAAGCACCAAAAAAUGAAAAAAAAAACACCGAACAGGAUGACACCAACAAUGCAAGGCACUAACCAGCAAAAGAAGCACCAACUGGAUAACACCGACAAUGCAAGAAAAGGCACCAACCGACUGCAAGAAAAAACACUAGCUGACAAAAGAAGACGAUGA